UCAUAGGCUGGAAUCACGGAGAAAACGAGAUCUUGUUCAUUUGACCCCAAUUUCCUUGGAAGGGGAAUUGGCAAACGCUAACAUGAUGGAUAUCUAUCUAGCAAGCAAGGAUUUUGUUAUAGGUGAUUUGAGGUUACAUUGCUGCACCACUCCUAGGUCAACCAUGCGGUCACUGGUGAUACUAGCUUUAACUUUAGCCGCAUGGACGCAUGCGGCUAACUCGGCCGCAGUGGGCGAAGAACAUUCAGAGCGGGUUCUUCGUGGCAGAGAUCUGAGCGACAAGGAGCAUUUCCAUGAAGGGGGCAGUGAGCAUGACGCUGAUUACGAUCAUGAGGCGUUCUUGGGAGAUGAGGCUCAUGAAUUCGAUGACCUCACCCCGGAGGAAAGUCAAGAGAGAUUGGCCAAGAUUGUGGACAAGAUCGACCAGGAUGGCGAUGGCUUUGUGACAUAUGAAGAAAUGCGGAAUUGGAUUCAGUUCACCCAACAAAGGUACAUCAGUGACGAUGUGGAGCGUCAAUGGAAGCAGCACAACGAGGCUGAUGCGGAUGCCAUCCCUUGGGAGACCUACCGACAUCUCGUGUAUGGCUUCUUGGAUGAUGAAAAACCCGAGGAAGGCCAAGAGGCUGAAUUGGAGGACGAGCAUCAAACCUACAAGAAAAUGGAAGACCGUGAUCGAAGACGGUGGGAUUUGGCCGAUGAGGACAAAGAUGGCAAGCUGGUUAAAACCGAAUUCGCAAAUUUUCUUCAUCCGGAAGAAGCCGAGCACAUGCGUGAUAUUGUGGUCCAAGAGACCCUGGAGGAUAUUGACAAAGACGGUGACGGCAAGAUCUCUUUGGAAGAAUACAUUGGAGAUAUGUAUCGGGGAGACUCUGGAGACGCAGAACCCGAUUGGGUCAAAUCUGAGCGCGAGCAAUUCGAACAGUUCAGAGAUGCCGAUAAGGACGGGUUUAUGGACCUGGAGGAGGUCAAAGCCUGGAUCAUCCCGGCCGAUUUUGAUCACAGCGAGGCUGAGGCAAAGCAUCUCAUUUAUGAAUCUGAUGGCGAUCAAGAUGGCAAGCUAACCAAGGCCGAAAUCAUCGAUAAAUACGACUUGUUUGUGGGCUCUCAAGCCACCGACUUUGGAGAGGCCUUGACCAGACAUGACGAAUUUUGAGUCCCGGUGAUUUUGGCGCCAACCAACCCCACAAACUAUUUCAGUCUCUGAAGUUUUAUCCUGUCAUCCCAGUGUGACGAAAUGGUGAUAAACGGAAAAGAGCAAGCAUCAUCACAGCUGCCUUAGGACAAUGAUGUUAUUGUGUUACUUGUAAAGUAUUAGUUCGUUUUAUCUCAAAUACUCCUUUCCUCUCAAAGAUCUGUGCCGACGAUAAUCUCUUUACAAUACCGGUCUUCCCGUGCUAGUUUUUACAAAGAAAUUGGUAACAAAGUGCAUUUCAUAGUUAUGUCACUGUUCACCAGCCAUGGAAAUAAAUGAUAUCUUCAACAAAGUA